GUAGUUGUCAUGUUGGAACAGCCGGACCUCCGAACCACCGGAAACCCAUUGCCUUCUACGGUCGGAUACCGAGCUGGCUAGGCAUACGGCGAUAUCGCCAUGAUAUCAUGACACCUGCCGCCUUGGCUUUUUAACUAGAACACGCCCAUCCCUUUGUAGUGGACGUGAUGAUCCCUAAUCCAUCCUUCAACCGAAGUUCGAAGAAGAGGCAAUACCAUGCUCACAGAGAUUGAAGAACUCGAGAUCCAUGUCAUCGUCAACGAUGAACUUGACCCGAUCUCUCCAAGCCCCAACCCUGCCGUAAAGGCGGCGAGUCGGUUUAUGGGAAUUCCACUGACGCCGUUGAAGUCGGGCACCCAACGGGGUGGAGCGACUAUGGAAAUGCGCAUGGAUAAUAUAUGUUGCGCGGCUCACGGAAUCUCGUUGCUCCUCGUUGCCACGAAGGGCUCCCGGAAGCACUACCUUCUCUUCGAUGCUGGACCCGAAGGCGCUGUGUGGGAAAGAAAUUCUCGCCGACUUAGGACCGAAGUUGGCAAGAUUGAGCAUAUUACUCUCUCUCAUUAUCACCGAGACCACUCCGGUGGCCUGACUACGGCAAUCGAACUGAUAAAUCUCAACGAGCCUGGCUCAAAACGUGUAGUGGUGGACGUGCACCCAGAUCGGCCUGCAUUCCGAGGGGUACAGGCAGAUCAACCAAUCUCUCUCGAAGCCGAUCCUUCUUUCGAGGAGCUGGAGACAGCCGGAGCUACUUUACUAAAAAGUGACCAAUCUCAUACUGUGUUGGAUGACUUUUUCCUUGUCUCGGGUGAGAUACCUCGCAAAACUAGUUACGAGGAUGGUAUCCACGGAGGAUUGCGCUUCAAUGACUCAACUGCCCAAUGGGAAGAAGACACCUUGAUUAUGGAAGAACGAUAUGUGAUGUGUAAUCUAAAAGGUAAAGGUCUUGUUGUUUUCACCGGUUGCGGUCACGCAGGUAUCGUGAACACCUGUCAAGAUGCAGUCAGGCUGGGAAACGGCAGCCCUCUCUACUGCGUCGUGGGUGGAUAUCAUCUAGCGGACGCGGACGAUGCUAAACUCAACGCGACGAUGGAGGAUUUGAAGAAGCUGGAUCCCAAGGUGCUCCUAGCCGGACAUUGUACGGGCUGGAGAUUCAAAUGUCAUAUUGCGAAAGACAUGCCCAACUGCCUGGUCCCAUGUUUCUCGGGUAGCAAGUACACUCUCUGAUUUAGUUUGUUAAACGUGAAUUUGAAUGCAAGGAUGCCUGAGAUCGGUUUACUACAACGCUUUGGUCCCAUCGGUAGUGUGUACGGCUCAUUUGCAAGCACCCGAGGCUUUCCUGGGGUGGUUUAUCCUCCGGAGCAAAGGUACCCACAUCAACCGAUAAGUGGGGAUAGAAACACUAGCUCCAUUACGCUAUCCUGAUAUGCUCGGAUUGCCGAAGGACCGGACCUAC